CCAUGAGUAUCAGUGACAUCAGUGAGAUCGGCGACAGACAACUCAAGAACCACGUGAUCGUGACAUCUAUGAUGUCUCUCCUGGACCAGUGCCCGCGCUCUCCAGCCAGAGACACCAUCGAGAAGUAUCGAGCUUCCUUCCUCAUAGCACCGAGGAAACAGCCGGAAUGCGCUUUAGGUGUGGGUCAUUUGCCUUAUGACUCGAUGCCUCGCGACUUGGGCCUGCCGCGUCCCAGGUACGUACGCAGGAGCCCGGAUUCGCAUAUAAGCUUGGGAGAUAAGGACGUUUCUCCUCCUCCUUCCGUCAGACCGCAAUGCCCAGAUGCACUCGAGCUAGGGGGGACUAUGAGCCCGGGGAUGAGCGUGCUUCACGGUCGCGUUGCUGUCAGCGCGCAAUCAGCAGAGACUGGACGCCAGUCGUUUUUAAUAAGACGAAUAUCUACGCCAGUCGUUUCUAUACUGCAAAUACCGUUCGGUACACAUACAAACUCAAUUCGUUCGGUAGGCGGUCGUUCUGUCAUAUCGCAGCUAUUCACUGACCACAAGAAUGUCAGAAUUUGAGCUUUUGCGUCGACUUUCUGACAUGAGUGCAUAUUGCGAUGUGCCCAGUCGACCUGCCUGCGCUUCUGGGACGCGCGAAUCCACGCUUCAUGACCUCACCGAAUGGGCAUGCAGCAGCACCGCUUCCUCCGGUCGCGCUCUGCAGCUGGCAGGUCCAGCCGGCGUCGGCAAGUCUACCAUACUUCGCAGCCUUACUUCGAGACUGCGUGCAGCAGGUCGUUUGGCGGCCAGUUUCGCGUUCUCGGCGAGCCACAAAUGCGAUUCUUUCGUGUUUACACUGGCGUAUCAGCUUGCCUGUAACGUUCCAUCUCUGCGGGAACAUGUUUUGGCCGCUGUCCGCAAGGAUCCUAAGAUCGCUUCCCGUAGUGCAUGGGUGCAACUGAGGGAGUUGAUUGUGCAGCCGUGUUCUCAGGCUGAUGUAUGCGGCGGCCCAUUCACAUUCAUUAUCGAUGGUGUCGACGAAGACGACUUAUUCCAGGAUCUAUUCCGCCUCUUCUCAUCCGCUCUACGCCAACUUCCCGCAUUCAAGGUCGUAACUACGGCGGAGGACUGCGGUGGAACCGUUCACCGCGUCGAGCCGUCAGUGCAGGAUGUGCGGGUGUUGUUCGAAGCAGCACACGUCGAUGCUGACCUGGCCGAAUUCUCUGGGGGUUGUCCUCUCUACGCUUCCACCCUAAUCAUCUACCUGGAGGACCACAAACUUGAAACGGGCCUCAAGCCUGGACUGGAUGCGCUGUACACAUUUGUUCUCUCACAGGUGCCCUGGCGUGACGCUCUCCUUGUUCUGCUUGCGAUUCUCGUCACACCGUCGUUUGCUGGUCUUACGGUCGAGCACGUUGACCAGCUCGUUCCUGGUGGGGCCCGACGGUUGAUGCGCUAUUUGCGAUGCGUUUUGGAUGUGUCGACCAUGGCUAUGGCUGUUCGCCAUCCGUCAACGUUUAUUGCAUUCCUCCUCGAUCCCAGUCGGUCAAGUCAGUUCUGUGUGGCCGAGUCGACGUGUUUGGUCCGAGCGAUGCUGCAAGUCUGUGGCGAGACUCGUGUCAACCACAUUGCAUGGAAACACCUGACCACGAUGGUCGACUAUAUUACAUCCUCUGACCCAGACCCCGGACUUCUGCCAAUCGUGCAGCAAUUCAAUCCAGAUUACCUUUUUGGCACUCUGUCCGCUUUCGAGGCGUCGGGUGUCCGGAUGAUUCAGUGGCUGCAGAAGUUUGACCCACUGCCAACGGAACUUAUUCAGCUCUGGAAUGACUACGCAUAUCUUAACCACUUCCAUUCUAUCGUCAACGACUUCGACUUUGAUCAAGCGCCGAACCGCACAAAUGCCUCAUUUGCGUCGCUGGACUGGGACCCAGAACUGAUACGGCUGCUUCGUGUCUCGGUGAUGUUGCCUGCGCUCACUCCUCUCUUCCCGUUCCGAGUGCUGCUGGGGAUGAGUUGGGAUGAGUUGCGGAAGGCUGCCUGUUCUCUGAGAUCCGUUGAUGACGCCAGCUUGGCAUCGCUUUGGAGAUUGGCCUGGCAGGAUCCCAGUUCUUGGGAUGGGGUGUUCCGUGAUGUCGCACUUCAGAGCAUCCGGACGAUGAAAGCAGCGCACGCGGAUGUGCUUCCGCGCCAAGUCAUCGGGUUCUGGAUGGAAUGGGGACGAUUCGUUCGAUCCUCUCCUCCCUGUCCGUUAUUGGCAAAUGAGCUUGCCAGUUUUGUGCCGGAGGACGACUGCUUCUCGAUUGCGACUGAGGUUUAUGAUGUCAUCCGUUGGCUCGAGGUGUUUCCCAAAGGCCUUCACAUGCAAAGAGAGCGCCAUCGCUGGAUGUCAUAUAUUCCUGGAUCGACACACAAUCUGGACGACCUCCGCGAUGCUUUUGAGACGAGAUGGGAAAGCUGGAAGGAUAUUGAAAGACUUCUGGUCACUGAUAUAUUCGUGACACCAGUCACAAUACGUGACUUCCCAUACCAACGCUCCGCCUCCAUCUCCAAUCCCUCGGCAUCCAAGAACACCUCAAUGGCAAGCAAAGCGGCCUACAAGCGACUCACGAAGGAGUACGUGACAAUGCAGAAAGAACCUCCACCAUUCGUCUGGGCCGCCCCAGAUGAGAAGAACAUUCUCACCUGGAACUUCAUCAUUCGUGGUCCAUCCGACUCUCCUUACGCAGGCGGCGAGUAUCACGGCGUGCUCAUGUUCCCCUCCGAGUACCCUUUCAAACCCCCCGGAAUCAAGAUGAUGACACCCUCCGGACGUUUUCACCCUGACAAGAAAAUCUGUUUCUCAAUGUCGGAUUUCCAUCCUGGGACGUGGAACCCUGCAUGGAGUGUCGCGACAAUAUUGACCGGACUGUUGUCGUUCAUGCUGUCGGAUGAAAUGACGACAGGCUCCGUGAACACAUCCGAUGCGCAUAAGCGGGUGUUCGCUGCGCGCAGUCACGAAUGGAACCUGGGACAGUCUCGAUUCAAGGACGCCUUUCCGGAAUACUGUACGCCGCAGAUCCGAGACGUCCCGAACAUGGGCGAGAAAGAACGCGGGGCUUCCGCUCCAGCACCGCCACAGCCGGAACCCGUGUCAGCUGCGCCAGCCACUUCCGAGAACAAGGCGGUGAUUCCGGUGGAUGAUGCGGUCAACUGGACGACGUCCUUAGGCCAGGUUCUGUGGGAGAAGUGGCGAUGGGGUCUGUUCAUCAUUCUAGCGGUCGUUGUCUCGCGGAUCUCCUCUCCAGCUUGAAAGGACUGUCACGGAACAGAUGAUUGUUUACCCACAUUCUUUGUCUUUACCACCCUCCUCAACAAGACCAAUCCUUUUUAGUUUUACAUAGUUGCGUAAUCUCCUGGUAGCUAUCUACGCCGUUGUAUCAUCAACCUGUAUUCCGUCCGAGGAUCACAGACUUGAGAAAGCCCUCCAGCG